AUGGCUUUGUUUGGUGACUUUCAAAUAGAAACCUUCAAAAAUGGAACAAAUCAUUAUAUAGAUAAUUUUAAUUUUGUUUUUUUGUUCCUCCUCUCUAGAAUCAACGAUAAUAAGACUAUUAACCUGAAAGAAUUUAAAUCUUAUUUAAUCGAAAAGCAAAAUACCAUUAAUAGUGUUGGUUCGUUGAUUAAAGCAGUUCAGGAAUUCAACAUCCCUCAAACGGAUGAAGAACUUAUAUAUUACUUUGACAUCCAUUUAGUUCAUCACUAUUUGAAUGAAAACAACAUCCAAAAGAUUGAAGACCUUUUAAGAGAAAACUUUACCUUUAGCAAAUUCCAAGUCGAAGAGAAUAACCAUGGUGGCCAUAUAUAUUAUGAAAUCAAAGAUAGAAUAAUAUCUUUUAUAUUUUACUUUUCAUUAGAAAAACGUUCAAUUGAUGCAUUUAACUUAUACUCCCAAAUAAAGAAAAUAUUUCCUCAACCCCUUUCAGAUACACCCAGCCACAAAUUUAUUUUUAACAGUGAAUUUCAAACUAGUUUUAGAUUAAUUACAACCCAUGACUUAGAAAAAGAGAAGGAACUAUUAAAUAACUAUUUCAACCUUAUAUUAACCGAAGAAUCUAUAAACCUUUUACCUGUAGGACUAAAAGAAAUAAUACCAAAGAUAGUUUUAAGUGAAGAUGCUUCCCAGUUAGAAUAUAUUAUUAAAAAUUUUGCACCCAUUAGAGAAGAAUAUCUUUUAUUACUUUUAGAAGGUACAGACAGAAUAAAAAUGAUUGAAGGUCAUUUUAAAUCUAAGAACAGUAUGGCAAAUUUUUAA